AUGGCAUCGGACAGCGAGGUAAAAACUCUACUGAACUUCGUUAACCUGGCUUCGAGCGACAUCAAAGCAGCUCUGGAUAAAUCAGCUCCUUGUCGCCGGUCAGUUGACCACAGAAAAUACUUGCAGAAGCAGCUCAAGCGGUUUUCUCAGAAGUACUCCCGCAUCCCUCGGGGUCACCCCAGCAAGCCCCCUGAGUGCGGCUGGCGCAGGGCGGCAGAGGACCGGGCCCGCGGCCCCCAGCCCGAGGCACCUGAGCCCAGCCCCCACGGGAAGGUGGUGCAGACAGCCGAGGCAGAGGAGAGCCUCGCCGGGGAACGGGUUUUGCAGGAACGAAAACCCGAGGCUGCCCGACCGGACCAGGUGCCCAUGAGGAAGCGACAGCUCCCCGCCUCCUUCUGGGAAGAGCCACGGCCGAUCCAGAGCCUGACGGCCAGAGCCUUUCCUUCCAGCCCUGAGGGGCUCCAAGCCCCCAGAGACCCUCCUCCCUAUGAGGGGAAGAAAAGCAGAAGGAACCCAGACGCUGCUGGCCCGGAGAGCCCCCCUGACACUGCGCCACUUGCCGGGGACAAGGAGCCCGCCGGGGCCCUCUCGGGCCGGGUGGGCGCUUGGACCUGCUGCCCCUUCCCCUGCCCCGGGCCAGGCGUGUACCAGCCCCCGGGCGCGCUGCCCCCGUCGCCCUUCCCGGGGCUGGGGCUGUGGAGGAAGAGCGCGGCCACGCUGCCGGCGGAGGUGCCGCACUUCGGCAAGGAGGCCGAUGGCCCGGGCCAGAAACUCUACAGGCCCAUGGUUCUGAAACCCAUCCCCACCAAGCCCGCCAUCCCCCCACCCAUCUUCAAUGUUUUUGGCUAUCUUUAG